CGACAUUGGAAAAUCCCAACCAGACAGACGUAUUCCCCUUGUUAAUCCAUUAACCAAUAACCAUCAUGGCCAGUUCUUCCAAACUGGACCUGGCGUGGCUUCAGAAGCAGCCAGUCGGCCAGGGCUUUCUCGAGAUGAGCCAGUCCACCAUUGCAGUCACCCUGGCGGCCCUAGUGCUCGUGCCCGUCAUCGCCUCGUACAUAUUUGCCGGCCGCAAGGGAGCUGCAGAGAUCCCCCUGAUGAACCCGCCCGGGCCCUUUGAGCUGGCCCUUUCAAAGGCCGUCCAAUUCCCGCAACAAGGCCUGGACCUUUACAACAAGGCCAGAAAGCUCUUCCCCGACCAGCCCGUCAAGUUCAUAACCAACGCUGGUACCUUGACCAUUUUGCCAUCGGAUAGGGCGCAAGAGGUCAAAGGAAUCCGGAGCCUGGACUUCCGCAAGUCCUUUUCCUACUCUGCCCCUCUCACCGCCCCGGGCGGCGCUGCCCUGUCGACCUUUGACCACCCAAAUGAGAUUGUGCAAACAGUCGUCAGCAAGUACUUGACGAAGCGACUAAAUACUGUCACAGGACCGCUGGCUAGCGAGGCUACUUUCACUAUCAACAAGAACUUUGGAAACAGCCCCGAAUGGACCGAGGUAAAGAUGUACGAUGUAGGACUUGACGUGGUCGCUCGCCUCUCAUCUCGCGUCUUCCUCGGAUCCGAAAUCUGCCGCAACGAGGAGUGGCUCGAAACAACAAAGCGAAUCACUAUGGUCUUCACCAGCGUUCUUCAGACCGCCCGCGUUUACCCGACAUGGCUAAGGCCGUUGGUGUACCGGUUCGGAAAGCAUGGCAGGGACAUGAUGGCCGUGACCAAGCAGGUAAACGAUAUCGUCAACCCAAUCGUCGAAAAACGGAAAUUGGAAAUGGCCGAAUGCGAGGCUCGAGGCGAGCCUGCACCGGUUUACAACGACGCUAUUGAAUGGAUCCUGUCUGAACACGACCCCAACGACCGCAUUUUCAAAGUCGCCGAUUUCCAAAUCGCCCUAUCGGUUGCGGCCGUUCACACCACUUCGGAUUUGCUCAGCCAUACCAUGUUAACUUUGGCCGCCAACCCUCAGCAUAUCGAACCCUUGAGAAAGGAAAUGAUCGAGGUGCUUGGAACUGGCGGCUGGAAGAAGACAUCCUUGACAUCGCUUAGGCUUUUGGAUAGUGCAGUGAAGGAAGCACAAAGGAUUAAGCCCGUGCAAAGAGUCAGCAUGCAACGCCUAGUGACGGAGGACACCACCAUCGAGGGAGGUUACAGGUUGCGCAAGGGGGAGCUCGUGGGCGUGGAUACCUAUCCGCUCCGCGACCCCGCCAAGUGGCCAGAACCGGAAACCUUUGACCCCUACCGUUUUUACCAGGCGCGAAAACAGCCCGGCGGCGAACACAAGGCGCAGCUCGUCUCGGUUUCGCCCGACCACCUCACCUUUGGCUACGGCAAAUACGCAUGCCCCGGCCGCUUCUUCGCCGCCAACGAGGUCAAACUUGCGCUGUGCCACCUUUUGCUCAAAUACGACUGGAAACUGCCCGAGGGUGGUUCCGACCAGCCCAUCAUGUUUGGCCUCGACCCCAUCGUUAACCCCGGCGCUACGAUAAUGUUCAGACGCCGCAAGGAGGAGCUUGACCUCGAUUCGCUCCUUGUCGAUAGUGAGGAGUAG